ACUAAUUGAAGACUCAAUGCAUUAGAAUGCACGUUGACCUAACCUGUUUUAACCAUUGUUAUAACCUAUGUGUGUUCAAACUUUUAAAAGAAAUAGAGUAUAAUAAAAUUUAUAAAUGUACUGUAUAACUUAAUAAAGUUUGGAGUAUUUUGCCAUCAAAAGGGAAAAAAAACAAAAUACAAAAAGAUUUUUAUACAUGACGAGAACUGGCGAAGGAUAUCGCGAUGAGAUAACGAUAUUAACGGUAUUAACCAAGGUAAUAUGCAUGGGAUAAAAAUAGUGCGGCAAUAACAAAAUUUUGCAUGAUUACGAUGGAUGCCGUUCUCGUGCGUUAUCACGUAAUAAAUUUAUAGCGGGAUGGCGAAGAUGAAGGAAAACAGGGUUAGCUUCGUGACAGAUCCGUGUCCUAUCAAACCUCGUAAAAUCGGCCCGCAGAAUGUAGUCGUUCGUCUGAGACAGAGGGAAACGAUGGGCUGCCCUUUCCCAGGCACGCACGUACAUAGCGCUAGGCAAUUCUAUCAAAAUGUUUUUCCCAACUUUACCGUGAUGAACGUGGAGAAGCCGCCGUGUUUCCUCCGUAAGUUCAGCCCGGAUGGAAAGUACUUAGUGGCAUUUAGCGCGGAUCAAACAUCUAUCGAGGUAUAUCAAUAUUGUGGGGCUUCGGCGGCCGCAGACUUGUUGGCUGAUUGCGAAGGCGAAUAUAUCGGCAACAAGAACGACGACUGUAGCUUUCACAUACGAAGUAAUAUCUUCGCGCGAUUUUUCAAGGUAAAAUGGAUUAUAAAUGUAGUACAAAGCAACGAGCAAUUGAACAGAGAAUGCAGUCUUUUCACAGACGACGCGCGUUAUGUAAUUGUGGGUUCAGCCGCUCAUAUUCCUGAAGAAUUGAGGCCACACUUUUAUCAGAUUUACUCCAAUAAUGAGGCAUUGACUCCGAAUCCUCGAUCUCCGCUUGAAGAUUAUAGCUUGCACCUUGUCGAUUUACGUGGUGGAAAGUUAUGUGAUACUAGACAUUUUAAAGUUGACAAAAUUUAUUUAUCGCAUAAUCAAGGUCUUUAUUUAUACAAAGAUAUAUUAGCAGUUUUAUCGGUACAGCAUCAAACUAUACAUAUCUUUCAAAUUUUGGAUGGCAUGUUUAUAAAUGUCAGAACAAUAGGAAGGUUUUGUAUGGAAGAUGAUGCAUAUUUAGUUACGAGCGCUUUUCCUGGAAUCAAUUGCAGACCAUUUAAAGACAUUGCAAUAAAUAGUCUUAAGCAUAGGUUAUUAGUAUAUUUGUACAAACGAGCGAAAUAUAUAAGCAAUGCAACAAAGGAUCCAUAUGAAUUGAGAAGAUUUUAUCAAUAUUUUGACCAAUUAAAUUCACUACGUAUGUGGAAAAUGCAGUUGUUGGAUACAAAUCAUAUCUUAGUGAGAUAUGCGAGCGAAGAGGUAGCGACCUUGCAAGCAAACGAACCAAAUGCACAGCCUGCAUUGUUGGUGGUUUAUAAUAUGGUUACAGCAAAGAUUUUGGCGGCGUAUGACAAUGCAUCGACUCAAUUAUUAACCUUAUUUGAAAACUUUAGCGAUUUUUUUAGAAAUGCUAGAAUGAGCACGGAUUGUCAAUAUAUGUGUUCGCCAUCUAAUAACAUAUAUGCCAGAUUGUUACAGCAAAGAUUCAAACAAACGAUAAUAAGCGCUAGAUACGGUGGCAUUACCGAAGCCACAAAAAGAUUACUCGCUCAAUUACCAAUAUGCGCUCAGUCCUAUUCCAGUUCUCCGUACCUCGACUUAUCAUUGUUUUGCUACGACGAUAAAUGGGUGUCAAUGAUGGAACGCCCUAAAGCAUGUGGAGAACAUCCGAUACGCUUUUAUGCACGCGAUUCGGGUCUCUUAAAAUUUAGAAUGUACGCCGGUAUGUUGGGACGAACAACACCAACAGCUGCAAGACGAUUGGUCGCAUUCACAUUCCAUCCGACAGAUCCGUUCGCAAUUUCGGUCCAACGUACCAAUGCAGAAUAUAUCGUCAGUUUUCACGUUAGGCACGUUUGAAGCAUUUUUUUUCUUUGACAUAUAUAUAUCUUGAUGUAAUGUCAAUGGAAUUUCUCUAAAAUUUGAGAGAGAAAGAGAAAGGGAAAGAUUGCUAUUGCUAAAGUACAAAACGGAUCUUAUAUUUCAAAUAAAAAUAUGAUCACAAAGUGAUCGAAAAGUUGUAUUGGAUUCAAAGACUUCGUUAUUUACUGCUAGCAAAUGUAAGUUGUAUAAUGCAACGUAUGAUUUAAUAUACUUUUAAUACAAUUGGAAAUCGAGAAUUUGAAACUAUAAAAUA